AUGAAGGGGGGGGAACCGAUGGACGUUUUCGACGAAGGAGAAGUCAAUGUUGCGGGGAACGACGCUCAACCGGAAUGGAUGAUCGUCGACGAAGACGAGGUCGAUGGAGGGGACGCAAUGGAAGAUAUCAUCGUCGAUGAAGACGAGGUCGAUGGAGGGCACGCGAUGAUUUUUAGGGACUCAGUACGAAGUGCUGUCGAACGGUCGAACGGUAUCGAAACUAAUUCUCGUUUGCAGCAACGUUUCAAUGCCGUCAAGAGUAAGGAUGACGCAGCUUGGGGACCAGCAAUGGAUGAAGAUGGUGCAUUUGGAGACCGUCCAUCAGGCAACUGGGCUGAAUAUAUUAGUUUUGCUUGA